AUGGGAAGCUGUUUAGAGACUUGGCAGAACUGGCAGACAAAGCAUCUAAAUACUAGGAGCUUCUUAGGGAAGAACAACAGAAAAAGAACUCCUCCAAAGGCACAUAUUACAAAACCCCCAUCUUCUUCAGUGCAUCUGGUUGAAGUGAAGUCAGAAAAAGGCAAAGAAAGCUCGAAGGAAAGGGAAGUUGCAUUGGCGGAAAUGGUGAAAUUAAAACAUCCCAUCAAUUGCAAGGCUCUGACAAAGCCACCAAAGGACCAGAAACCACCGUUAUUUACAGGAGGGUUUGUUCCAAACAAACCAGCAUAG